CGCUAUUUACCCACGACUCUGUACAUCACACACCGCGGUUCCCUGGGGAGUCCCAGCGGAGCGGUGGUGGGAACGAUAUUGAGUUUGAACCCGUCACGACGGCGGGGAGUCCGUCGACCACCACACCACGUUGGCGCGUUCCUCACUGAUGGGAAUCGGCGAGGGUAUGGGGGGGAGGGGGGUAUGGGAAAUCCCUCCUUGGAGAUGUUUUACCGUUCUGCAGCAUCAUGGUUCGUGGUUCCCGACGACCCAUUGGCUCGUUGAACACCGUCUGUCUAUUCAACAACACCACCAACACCACCGCCACUUACCAUCACCAUACCACCACGCCACGCACACCUAUUCGCACCUCUCUCUCUCUCCCUCACUCCCCCUCACUCCCUCGGCGUGCGGGGAGGAGAAGGGAAGGGAAAGCCAGCACACGCUAUGUUUCAAGAUUCUCAUCCGAUCGAGGAACUCUUCACGCCCUCGUAUCGAGGUGUGGCCCGCCCUGCCAUCCUUUCAUGUUGCGGAACGAAGCAUGGAAGGGGAGGGAGAGAGAGAGAGAGAGGAGAAAAAAAAAGAAGGCUGGGCCGUUGGGCCUCCUCCCGUCUGUUGAAUCGCGCCUACAUCAAAGCGGUUCAGACGGAACAGCCACUCUGAGCUCGCGUA